AUGAGCCAAACCGCUAUUAUUCAAAGACCAAUCUUAGAGAUUGCGUGUUUCAAUCAAGAAUCUGCCGUGGUUGCUGCGGGAGCAGGAGCGGACCGCAUCGAGUUAUGCAAGGACUACCAUCUCGGUGGGCUAUCAGCCGACAUAAAGAUUCUCGAAGAAUUGAAAUCACAGCUCACAAUACCGAUCUAUACGAUGAUUCGACCACACGCGAAAGGCUUCUGUUACGAAGAAUCCGACUUCGAGUCGAUGAAACGGACGCUCAAUUCUCUCAAGUCCUACGGGGCUGACGGUUUCGUCUUCGGGAUUUUGAAUGGUUCCCCACAAAAGCCUUGCGAUCCGAAUGUGUCGUGGGUCGAUAUAUCCCGUAACAAGCAGCUUGUCCAACUAGCCGGCGGGAGGCCCUGCACAUUUCAUCGCGCUUUUGAUCUCAUUCCCGAGUCCCACUGGGAGAACGCAUUGGCCGAUAUCAUGGAGUGUGGGUUCGCAUCGAUUUUAACCAAUGGUGGUCCUUCGGGAACAAAAGCAACGGAAUGUGUUGAUAAGCUGCAAACUCUGGUAGGUUAUAAGACGCGGCUUCAAGGGGAAGGGAAAAUUCGAGGCAAGAGAGUCCCAGAAAUUAUUGUCGGAGGUGGUGUGAGGGCAUCAAACAUAGGCUUGCUCCAGAGAAUCACUGGGGCCUCGGCCUUCCAUUCCGCUGCUCUUCUGGCCUCAGAAGAAGUGACCUGCGCGAACGAAGUGUUUAAGAUGAAAGAUGGGAUAGGGCGGGUGUGGGAGACAGAUGGAAGAGCGCAAUAA